AGUAGUAGACGAUUCAAUUUACAGCCCACGAAACAUGGAGCCCACCCAAUUCAUACUUCAUAGCCCUAACGGCGGUAGAACAGAAAAUUUUCAAUUUACAAUAAAGCUGGACUCCACUUGGUACAGUUCAAGUUUAAUCUAGGAACCUUAGGCUUUCGUUUUUUUUUCCAACAAAGGGAGGAAACAGACGAAGAUCAAGCUAGGCUAUUUUAAAUUCAGAAUUUCCCCCAUCUAAAGAUGUUUCCCCUCUUUUUGCUCAAGACUGCACAGGGGAUCCCAUGGUAAGCUUUUGAAUUCAUGUGGAAAAAGGGUAGUGUCUCCUCUUUUUUCUCUCUUCCUUGUUUAUUGUUUAGUCUGAUCUUAUUUCUUUUCGGUGUGAUAAUGCAGUUAGCUCAAUUAGGUUUUUCGAAGUGUUGCAUGUUUUGAAUGAACCUGAACUUAUUAAUAACAUACAAAAACAACAAACCCUGUGAAUAAAAUAGUUAUGGAAUACAUGAGUGUGAUUCUCCUGUUGUAGCUGUUUGGAAAAUUGGAGGGAGAAUAACAAAAAUGAUUUCAUGUUUUGUCCUGUUGUUAGUUGAGGCUUUUGGCUAACAUUAUUAAAGGCAACAGACUUUUUGUUGGUAUAGUUUAUCAGUUUCUGCAUAUUUAUAUUGUAUCUCCAAAUUAUGCCACACGUCCCUGGAGCCCACGAGAUUCGAGGGAUUUUGAGAAUUCGUAUGGGAUUAUUUUAUUUGUUCAAUUAUAUCAAUCUGGAAACUUUUGUUUUCUAAUACAAUUGGUGGAGCUAAAAAAUGGAGACUGAUAAUGGUCAUUUGGUGAAUUGUGAUACUUGGAUGAAAAUCCAUCUUCGUGAAGUUAUCUGUACGUCAAAGGAUGGAGAUAGAUUUUGGAGAAUGCCUGAAUGUUAUAUUCGUGGCAAUACCAUAAAGUAUCUUAGAGUUCUUGAUGAGGUGGUGGCCGUGGACUUGGCUAAUCGUCGUCAUUUAGAGACAAAGAAGCCAGAUGACAAGCUAGAUAUAUUGUAUCUAAUUUUGUUUGUACUUUCAAAUUAUAAAGUAACUUACCGGAGAAAAGGCCUGCUUCCAGUUAUUAUUAUUUUAAGAUGGAAUGUAUGUAGGCUUGAAAUGCUCACUCUCUUUCCUUUGUGAAGACUUAUGUAAGAGUGCGUGUCUUGAAAA